UGGGAUGAUAACUUGAUCCUCGCUUGCCGAUUCGAGGCAAAAAUUGGCGCCCACACAUCAGUGCUUCAAUGGAUAGGCUACGUAAGAAUGAUAGGCUGUUCGAAGCUACUGUACAUUUGUAGAUUUGAGAAAAAGUUAAGUCUGAACUCUUGAGAGCGACUUUAUAACCCACCCCACGGGAAACUGAAUGUAGGCUAAUAUUGAACAUGUUGAGGUCCUACUGGACAGCGUUGAGUCUGUCGUGGACUUUAUUCAUCUGCAGAAGUUAUGCACAAGAAAGACAGGGUUACCUAAUCGCUGCUCCCUCAGUGUUCCGCGCUGGUGUGGAGGAGGCCUUGAGUGUCACAAUCUUCAACGCUGUGGAGGAGACACACGUCCAGGUCCAGCUCUCUGUGAAGGGUGAGACAGUGGCGUACAGCCAUGGCACAGUGCUAGACAAAGGCACAAUCAAAUUAAAGGUCCCUCGUGGUCUGAGAGGUCAGGCCCAUCUGAAGGUGUGGGGGAAUCGCCACAUCACUGAGCGGGGGUAUAUCUUCCACAACUACACCACUGUCACUGUGGACAGCAAGGGCACAGCCGUCUUCAUCCAGACGGAUAAGCCAAUCUACAAGCCCAAACACAAAGUGCUCAUCAAUGUGUACUCUGUCACUCCGGAUCUGAGGCCGGUCAAUGACAAGAUUGAGGCCUACGUUUUGGACCCAAGAGGGUCUCGGAUGGUCCAGUGGAAAGGGCUUAAAUCCCUCUGCUGUGGGGUCAUCAACAUGAGUUUCCCUCUCUCAGACCAGCCCGUGUUUGGAGAGUGGUUCAUCUUUGUAGAAAUGCAGGGGCACACCUACAACAAGUCCUUUGAAGUGCAGAAGUAUGUGAUGCCCAAGUUUGAGCUGGUGAUAGACCCUCCACGGUACAUCCGGGACCUGAACAUGUGUGAACAGGCCACCGUGAAGGCCAGGUAUACCUUUGGGAAGCCUGUGACCGGGAAGAUGACACUGAACAUGACUGUGAAUGGAGUUGGGUACUACCGACAUGAGGUGGGCCAUCCUGUGGUCAAGACCAUGGAGAUCAAAGGCUCAGCAUCCUUCAGCUUGUGUGUCAAAGACAUGAUGCCCCUGGAUGUGGCUGAUCACUUCCGGGGCACGGUGAGCAUGUGGGUGUCAGUGACCAGCGUGGACGGAGGGCGGCAGACCAUGUUCGAUGAUUCCACCCCAGUUCACAAGCAGCGUAUCGACAUCAAAUACUCAAAGGACACUCGCAAACAGUUCAAGCCUGGUCUGCCCUACAAGGGAAAGGUAGAGGUAACCUAUCCUGACGGUAGCCCAGCGGAUGGGGUGCGGGUGCGUGUGAAGGCGGAGCUGACCCCUAAGGACAACGUGUACACCAGCGAGCUGACGUCCAGGGACGGACAGGCAACAUUCGAGAUCCCCUCCAUCCCCACUGCUGCCCAAUACGUCUGGCUGGAGACCAAGGUGACAGCUAUAGAUGGCCGCCCGGCUGGAGACCAGUACCUCCCCAGCUACCUGUCUAUCAGCAGCUGGUACUCCCCCAGCAAGUGUCACAUCCAGAUCCAGAGCCUCAGUGCUCCUCUGAAGAUCGGUGAGGAAGCUGAGGUCACUCUGAAGUCCACCUGUCCCUGUAACUUCACCCUCCACUAUGAGAUUGCCUCCAGAGGGAACAUCAUCCAGUCUGGCCAGCAGCAGUCCAACGCUACAGCCCAAAGAAGCAAGAGGGCAGCGGUCACCUUCGACAAGAACGUCCACACAACCCAGCAGCCCAGUGGCUCUGAUCCGGCGGCCUCCUCCCCACAGGACGAGACAGACAGCUGUAUUUCGGUGCUGCAUUUCCCUGUGACCCACGCCAUGGCACCCCUCAGCCGCCUCCUGGUCUACUACGUGAGGGAGAAUGGAGAGGGCGUCACUGACAGUCUACAGAUCCCUAUACAGCCCAGCUUUGAGAACCAGGUGUCUGUCUCUCUGUCCACCAAUGAGUCAAUGCCAGGUGACCAUAUCAGUCUGCGUGUCAGUGGUGAGAAGGGCUCCUGCGUUUGUGUCGCCACUGUGGACAAGAGCCUCUAUCUCCUCAAGCCAGACUUCCAGCUCAGUCCAGACAAGGUGUUUAAAGAACUGGCAGACUUUGACGUGUCCGAUGCCUUCGGAGUCCCCAAAGACGACGGGCACUUCUGGUGGCCGGGGCUGUCGUCUAGCCGACGGAGGCGCUCUUCAGUGUUCCCCUGGCACUGGGACAUCACUAAAGAUGCCCGCUUCGCCUUCACGGAGACUGGCCUGGUGGUGAUGACUGACAUGGUGAGCCUGAACCACAGACAGAGUGGAGGGAUGUACACGGACGAGGCCGUUCCCGCCUUCCAGCCUCACACAUCCACGCUGGUGGCAGCCAUGAACUCUCGCACCAUGCCCAGAGCAGAAAAGCGCAGACGGACAUUCUUCCCGGAGACGUGGGUGUGGCACUGCGUCAAUGUCAGUGAUGUCACUGGGGAAGCUGAGUUGCGAUUGGACGUUCCAGACUCCAUUACCACCUGGGUGACGGAGGCCAUUGGCUUGUCAGAGGAGAAGGGGCUGGGCCUUUCCAAGAGGGUGGAGCUUCGUACCUUCAAGCCCUUCUUCGUAGAUUUCACCCUCCCCUACAGUGUGAUACAGGGGGAGCAGACCAAAGUACCGCUGACCGUUUACAACUACUUGUCUAGCUGCGCAGAGGUCCAUGUCAAAGUGACCAUUCCCAAAGGCAUCAAGUUUGUGGGCCACCCCGGGAAGCAUUACCUCACCAGGAAGAAGUGUGUGGCUCCUGGAGAAGCCACACCCACAUCCAUAGUGUUGUCCUUCACUGAGCUGGGUGCUGCCAACAUUACAGCACGGGCCAUUGCAUAUAAUGAACCGGGCUGCUGCUCAGAUGGACUCCAGUCAACGAAAACAAGCAAAAACACAGAUGACCUAGAGGAUCGAAGGAGCCCCAUUGGCCUUGACUAUGUCCGGAGGAGUGUCCUGGUGGAGCCAGAGGGCCUGCCCAGACAUUACACGUACAGUGUCUUCUUCUGCCCCAACGAGCGGAUCCACAUCUCUACACCCAACAAGUAUGAGUACCAGUACGUGAAGAAGCCGGCCAAGAUGACCCACUUUGAGGUGGCAGUGAAGACCCACAACGACGCCCACUUUGCCCUUUCACCCAGCCCCCACGACAGUGCUGAGAUGCUGGAGAUUGUGCUGGGGGGCAGACAGAACACUGGCUCCUGGAUCUCCCUGGGCAAGAUGGGCGAGCCAGUGGUCAGCGCCCCUACUCCGGGCAUCCUCUCCUGGGAUGAGUUCCGAAGCUUCUGGGUCAGCUGGAAUGGUGGUGGGGUGCAGGUCGGACAUGGCUUGCAGCCGUCCAAUGAGUCGGUGAUCCUGCAGUGGUCCAGCCCCCUCCCUGGGCAGGUGCGUCACAUUGGUUUCUCCACGGGCUGGGGCUCGGUGGGUGAGUUUAAGAUCUGGAGGAAGGAGGACUCUGAUGAGAACCACAACGAGGCCUUCACACUGGGCGUUCCUCACAACGUGGUGCCUGGCUCUGAGACUGCCACUGCAUCCAUGAUAGGGGACGUGAUGGGCCCCACCCUCAACAACCUGGACAAGCUGCUACGGCUGCCCUUCGGCUGUGGGGAGCAGAACAUGAUCCACUUUGCCCCCAAUGUCUUUGUCCUCAAGUACCUGCAGAAGACAAGUCAGCUCAGCCCUGAGGUGGAGGCCGAGGCCACAGACUACCUGCUGCAAGGGUACCAGAGACAACUGACCUAUAAGCGCCAGGAUGGAUCUUAUAGUGCCUUUGGAGAGAGGGACUUCUCUGGGAGCAUGUGGCUGACAGCGUUUGUGUUGAAAUCCUUUGCUCAGUCUCGUGGGUUCAUCUUCAUUGACCCAGAGGAGCUGCGUGCUGCCAAGGCCUGGCUCAUCAACCACCAGAGAGAGGAGGGCUCCUUCCCCGCCAUGGGACGCAUCCUCAACAAAGACCUACAGGGAGGAAUCCAUGGAAAGAUCUCGUUGACAGCGUACGUGGUUGCAGCCCUCCUGGAGACAGGAAUAACUACAGAGGAGGAGAAGAUUGCUGUGGCCAAGGCAAAGGGUUUCCUGGAGAGUAACACAUACACAGCUGAUGACCCGUACACCACAGCCCUGUCUUCCUACGUCCUGGCUCUGUUACGAAGCCCCUAUGCUUCCCUCGCUCUCCGACGCCUCAACCACAUGGCCAUCACACAAGACGGCUUCACCCACUGGAGUCUGACGGGCAGCAGGGUGACCGAUGAGGACACUUUCAUGGGCUUUAGUGACGGUCUUUCUCAGUCAGUGGUGUCAGCGGAGGUGGAGAUGACAGCAUACGGCCUGCUGACCUACACCCUACUGGGUGACGUGGCCUCCGCACUGCCUGUGGUCAAGUGGCUCUCCCAGCAGAGGAAUGCCCUCGGGGGCUUCUCCUCCACACAGGACACUUGUGUAGCUCUUCAGGCGUUGUCUGAGUACGCUAUCCUGUCAUAUGUGGGAGGAGUCAACCUGACCAUCUCUCUGGCCUCUACCAACCUGGACUUCCAGGAGAGCUUUGAACUGCACCGCGACAACCAAAAGAUCCUGCAGAGCGCCUCGAUUCCCAGUAUUCCCACAGGGCUGUUUGUCAGUGCUAAAGGCGAGGGCUGCUGUCUCAUGCAGAUUGAUGUAUCCUACAACGUGCCUGACCCCGUGGCCAAGCCAGCCUUCCAGCUUAAGGUGGACCUGAAGGAGCCCAGGCAGGAGCGCCACCCGCCAGCCCCGCCCUCCCCCCGCCACGACAGCCCUCGCUCGCGAUCCCGUUCCGACAACCGCUCGGAGCUGAGCCGCAAACGCCGGGCUGCCACUGACGAUGAAGACCCCGCAGCCCACCAAGACGACCUAGACUACCGUAUCACCCUGGAAGCCUGCGCCAGGUGGCUCCACACAGGUUCUUCCAACAUGGCUGUCUUGGAGGUCCCUCUGCUGUCAGGUUUCCGUGCCGAUGUGGAAAGUUUGGAGAGGCUGCUGCUGGACAAGAGGGUUGGUCUGAAGAGGUACGAAGUGGAUGGAAGGAAGGUCCUCUUCUACUUUGAUGAGAUCUCCAGUCAGUGUAUGACAUGUGUGGCCUUCCAGGCUGUCAGGGAGUACAUAAUGGGCAAGACAGCGCCUGUUCCGGUCAAGGUGUACGACUACUACGAACCAGCAUUUGAAGCCACCCGCUUUUACAAUGUGAGCGAGAGCAGUCCCCUGGCCCGUAAGCUGUGUGACGGCACCACGUGCAACGAGGUGGAGAGCUCAACCAAUCAGUGGAUAGGCUUUGUCCAGGGGAACCAAUGUAACAAGGUGUUUGGCUGUCUGGAGGAGGAGCAGUUUGAGCGUUGCACCUGCUACAGGGACUGUGGCUAUGACGGAGAGCCUGUGUGUGGCUCAGACGGACAUCUCUACCAGAACCAGUGUCAGAUGGAGGUCUUCGCCUGCCGCAACGGGACCCGCAUAGAACAAAUGCCCAUGUCCCAGUGUCCUCAGAUGGAAUCCACCACGGAGGACAGAGAGAACACAACAGGCGAGGAACCUGAGCAAACUCCUGUGCCUAUACACACAGCUCACUGUAGCUGUAAUGGAGUUCCACAAAGGUCCAAGGUCUCCUCAGUACAAAGACUGAUGCUUCACAGUGGAAAAGACCUCACCACAGGAAUGCCAUUAAAAGUGGACUGCGGCGAGGAAGAGCAGGGUUCCAUGGCUGAGGUGUCCUACUACUCCUAUGAGUAUGACCCAGAACCCUUCCCUGCAGAGGGAGAGGACCAUUUGGAGCUGGAAGCAGGGGAGCAGGGGGGAGAGCAGGAGAGUCCAGCAGAUAUCCAGUUACCCACACUGGACACAAAGGACCCCCCUGAGCGAUGAAACUGCCCCUGAUGGCAUCACCAGCCAGAUCUCCAAAUUGUACAUUGUCUGUGAAUAUGUUAGUGAGUGGAGAGAGAAGGAAGAGUAGGGACUGCGUGUGUGUGUGUGUGUGUGUGUGUGUGUGUGUGUGUGUGUGUGUGUGUGUGUGUGUGUGUGUGUGUGUGUGUGUGUGUGUGUGUGUGUGUGUGUGUGUGUGUGUGUGUGUGUGUGUGUGUGUGUGUGUGUGUGUGUGUGUGUGUGUGUGUGUUACUAAGCUAGUCCCCCUCUAGCCCUCUUUGUUUUUCUCUCUUGUAUAACUCCUAGACACCAGUUGACACCAUAGCGUCUUUGAUAUUCACUGUAGUGCCUUAUUGUUUUUCUGUAAUCUCUAAUCAAGUAUUUAUGUUUGUAAUUACACCUGAUUUAAAACAAAUGUUUUGUUGUUUUUUAUAUCUGUGGUAUUUAUUUGUAGCUAGUGCUUUUGUUUUAUUUGUUCCAAUGCCUCCCCCUAUUGCCUUCUUGUCCUGUCACCUACACCAAUGUCUUCAUAUAAUUCAUCAAAAAUAACCAGAUGUGAUGCACCUAUUAUUCUUAUUCAGAGGAAGCCUUAGCUCAAACACUGAGGCUCAAUUCUUCUAGAUAUUUUACCAAGCUAGCAAUAUCUCCACAUAAUAAGUCAUAUUUAGGUAUAGCUGUCUCCUUACUGUUGAACACACAGGGAUUUGAUUGUACAGUGCAUAAGCUAUUUUGUUUUGUUAAAUUUUGACUCUUGAUAUCCUAAAACAAGAAUAAAGGUUUGGAAUUACUGUACAUUUACCAUAUUUAAACCAGUGUAACCCCAUAUCCAUUUCCAAUACAAUUGCUUUUGAAAAAUAAUAAACUUUGUUGUGUUGGUCCA